CAAUAUCUCUCUCUCAAAGAACAUUAACAAGAGAAUUUUCUUUUCAAGAAAUCAACAAUGCAGAAUCUGAGAAAUGGCGAAAAAGGCGACUCUCAUUGGAUCCAAUUUAUGUUAUUUGUUCAAUUUUCAAUAACAACUCUUCUCUUGAAGUGUCUUGGUCUCGAAAGGUCUUCAUCCUCAUCUUCUAGCUCUUCCGUGUCAUCUCACGGCGAGGAAGAAGACGGUAUCGAGAUGAAAGAGGAUGAAGAUGAUAUGACCGUUGAAACCACAGAGCGGAGGUUGCAGAAGAGUAAGCCUAAGCCUAAGCCUAAGCCAAGCCCAGGAAAAGGAGGCAAAAUCAACUAGGAUUCAUAUAAACAUAUACGUGUAUACUAUAGUCUAUACUUUAAAUAUACAAACGCACACACAUAUACGGAAUAAGUAAAUGCAAAUGCAAUA